GAUGAGGCACAGACGCUCAAAGACCUGAGCGUCGGCCACGCUCCACUGACACACCCAGAAAAACCGGUCACUAUCGGACAGUAUAUCAAGCAGCUCUCCAAACACAAGAACUUCUUGUGGUUUGUGUCCAUGAACCUCAUUCAGGUGUUUCACUGCCAUUUUAACAGCAACUUCUUCCCUCUUUUCCUGGAGCAUCUCCUGUCUGACAAUAUUUCUGCCUCCACCGGGUCAAUCCUACUGGGGAUCUCUUACAUUGCCCCCCACCUGAACAACUUGUAUUUCCUGACACUGUGCCAGCGUUACGGGGUUUACCAGGUUAUCCGCUGGCUAUUUAUGGUCAAACUGGGACUUAGUGUGGCUAUGCUGCUGGCAGGGGCUGACCACAUUUAUCUGCUGUGCAUCUUCAUUGCUAGUAACCGGGUGUUCACAGAAGGGACGUGCAAGCUGCUGAAGCUGGUCAUUACCGACCUGGUGGAUGAAGACUUUGUGGUCAACAAGCGUCAGCAGGCCGCCUCUGCGCUCCUCUUCGGGAUGGUCGCCCUUUUGACCAAACCUGGCCAGACAUUCGCUCCACUCAUUGGCACCUGGCUGCUGUGUGCUUACACAGGUUACGAUAUUUUCGAGAGGGAACCCGUGAAGGUGCCCGACGUUGCCGCCGGCUCAGGGACUCCGCCUCUUCGCCUGGGCUGCUUCUACAUGGUGGUGUUUGUGCCUAUCACGUGUGCCCUGCUCCAGCUGGCCGCCUGGUCUCGCUUCACACUACACGGCCGCAAGCUGCAGGGGAUCAAGACCCUGAGGCAAGGGGCCCAGCACGGCCACCUUAUCGAUGUCAAGGCCAUAUGAACUGGAGGAGCUGUCGGGAGCUGCACAAAGACACUUUUAACCUUAACUUAACAAUCGUUUGAAAUAAUUGGAGGGAAGUGAAGCUGAAGGAUUUUCUGAUGUCUUACUGCUUUUGUGUGUGUGCAAGAAUAUGAACCAGUACGCUAUUUGUGGCUUUAUGGACACGGAAAAGUGCACAGUCGGAUCACAAAUCCCACUGGGGAGAACUUAAAACCUGCCUUAUUUUUAUAUUAAAAUAUUUACAUAUAUUUAUAUACGAACAGAUGACCAAAAGAUAAAGCAGAACAAAACAAUCCUUCGGAUGUCGAUGGACCAAGGUGACAACUUUAAUGGUGUGCCCUUUUUUCAAAAAGCAUAAUUAUGGUGUGAAGUGCAGUCUUAACACCCUCACUUUCAGAAACUUCUCAAAGUGUCAAAGUCAAGCGGGGCUACAGGCCUCGUUUCGACGGUUUGUUAAAAACAUGGAGAAAAAAAAUACUGAAUCACAGUGCUGCUGUUAACUGCACCUCUGAGCUAAAUCAUAACUUACUGUCUCUUGACAUUUACACAGAACGCCCUGCCACUUUGAUGUUUACUGUAUUUUCUCAUAUUUCCAGUAUUGAUAAUGUUUUCUUUUGCACAAAACUGCCAUUUGUGUGUUGUACUUCUAACAUUCUGAUUGCGACACAACUUCAUGUAUUGUGAUCAAGAGCAUUUGAAUUAAGAGAUCGGGCUGGUAAGCAUAUUACCAGCAGUUUUGUAAUUUUGCAGAUUAUAUCAAGAAAGUGUGGCGCUACCACAAAUAAACCUCGUUUGUGUUGAACCAAA